CGCUGCGUUCAUCGGAGCUCCCUCAGAGCCGCUCACAACCAUCUGACUGCACAGCGCCAUCUAGUGUCCACGCCCACAAACUACCAGCCAUGUCUGAUCAGAGUUUUCUUCAUUUAUUUUUUUAAAGCAAUAGGUUUUGCUUGCUAUCACUGGAUUGUGAGUGAAGUCAAACUGUAUAUUUUGCCAGUUCUACUUUAAACUGAAAGCCUUUACGUUGACUAUUCCUCUGAAGCCAUGCGUUGCAACGGCAAAAUGCAGUUUCUUCACUUCCUUUGUUGCACCAAGCACCUAAACACGACCUCUGGGGCCAGUGUCACUGCAUUUGUGUCUGUCACUCUUUGUCCUGGUGUAAAACUAUUCAUAUAAAAGGCUUUAGCAUGGGACCAUUCACCAUUAACAGUCUGUUAUUCUAAAUAACAGCUGUAUUUAGACAACAUGAAAUAAUGUAUUUUCAAAUAGAAUGAAUGUGGUCCAGGAGAAGAGAAUAUAUCCAAAAGUAUCCAUUAUACUUUUUUAACAAAGUGUAAAUCUGUGUAAUUAACUUCCCAAUGUAGUUUUUGCCAAAUGUUUAGAACAUGUUCACGUAAUUCUACUAACUCUGGAAGUUAGACCACACGAGUCGUGCGGCAGGAAAUGUGAUGCUCAUGUGUCAAUACCGAUGCAUGUCAUGAGCCGAGAACUUCCUCUCAAUCAGAAGUCUCAUCAUGUGCUGCAGGGAAUAUGAAAAGAAAACGACACGUCCAUAGAGGCGGCGAUGGUUCAACCGUAGUAUUUUUGGAGGGAAGUAUUGUUGUUUCCACUUGAAUGUCCCAAACACACGAACACAAGGCAACACGAUGUGAGUGUUGGAACCGAAGCGGACUCUUUGUGAUUUACUGCAUCCACUAAACAUCAAUUCCACCCCGUGUUGAUUCUGUAACCCGUGAAGCGGUUUCUCUUUCCAUUUGGAGCGCGUCACGUCUCAUGACAGAUGAUUCAUAUUUUGGGGCUGGAGGGAGGAAUUGUGGUUUAGUAAUAACCAAACAGUGACUGGAGAAAAGUCCUUCUGAUGACACUUGACAAAAAUAGGAAUGAGAAGAAAGUCAAUUUGGGGAGUUACAAUAGUACAAUCCUAAGUAGUCCUGAUCACAGCUUGAGAAGUUAGUAGGGGAGAGCGGUAAACUAUACAUUUUGAAGAACUAAAAUCCUAUUCCCAUAUAGGAAAAAUAAGGCGCAUACCUGCAAUGUGUGUAUUGUGAUUCCUCAUCCAAUCAGAGUGGAGGGUGGAGGGAGGUGUGAUGGGAGGGGGGUGGACACACAGUGUGUGUGUGUGUGUGUGUCCCCUGUCUCCUUGUGACAGACUCAUUGCCUCCCACAGAGAAGACACACAAUGUCCGAACCAAACGCGUCUUUUCUGUUUUUAGACUUCAGCUCCUUUUACGAUUCGUUGAACGUCAGCUACAACGACACGGACUUCAUCCCGGACCCGGACACGGUGCCCUGCGACUCCUUCUCCAUCCCCGACGCGGCGGCGGUGGCCCUCAGCGUCUUCUACGUGCUCAUCUUCCUCCUGGCCAUCCCGGGGAACCUGCUGGUGGGGGUGGUGAUCGGCCUGAGCAAGCAGCCGCUGCCGCCCUCCGACCUGUACCUCCUCCACCUGGCGGUGGCCGACCUCCUGCUGGCCGUCACGCUCCCCUUCUGGGCCACCUCCGUCACCCGCGGCUGGGUGUUCGGAGACGCCGCGUGCAAAGUCGUCACCGUGCUCCAGGAGCUCAGCUUCUACUCGAGCAUCCUCUUCCUCACCUGCAUCAGCAUGGACCGCUACAUGGUGAUCGUGCGCGCGAUGGAGGCGCGCAGGGCCAACAGGCGGCGCGUCAGCUGGGCGCUGUGCGCGGCCGUGUGGGCCGUGGGCGCGCUCCUCUCCACGCCGGGCCUCCUGAACUCCGCCCUGCCGUCCGGGACGUCGAACCAGACGACGUGCCGCGGGCAGUACGAGCAGGGCAGCGCGGACGAGUGGCGGCUGGCCAUCAGGAUGCUGCGCCACACGCUGGGCUUCCUCGCCCCGCUGGCCGUCAUGCUGCCCUGCUACGGGGUGACCGUGCGGCGCCUGCUGCGCGUCCGCGGCGGCUUCCAGCGGCAGCGCGCCAUGAGGGUGAUCGUGUGCGUGGUCGCGGCCUUCCUGCUCUGCUGGACGCCGUAUCACGUGGCGGUGAUGGCGGACACGUUCUUCCGGGCCAAGAUCGUGCCGUACAAGUGCCCGGCGAGGAUGGCGGUGGACCGGGCCAUGUUGGCCACGCAGAGUCUGGGGCUGCUGCACAGCUGCGUGAACCCGGUGCUGUACGCCUUCGUGGGGGAGAAGUUCAGGCGCAGGCUGGGCCACAUCGUGAGGAAGACGGGCCUCGCGGAGAGGACGUCCGUGGCGAGGGGCAGCAGGUCCUCCAUGUCGUCGGAAAUCACGUCCACCGUCAUGUGAGGCCUGGCGGAGACUUUGCUGAUGGACCGCAGGGGUUUGCUGGACUUUACAAAAGUCAGCAGCCGUGUGGGAAGGAAAGCACUUUGAGAAGACUUCCUAUUUUUGUAAACAUUUGGUUCACAAUUUGCCACGUGUGAUGAUUUAAGUUGGUUAACACAUAUCUUUGUACUAUUGUAUGUCCGAGUCCAAUAUAUACUUGUUUUGUACAUAUUUCAAUUCCAAUUGAUCUCUUUAAUAUUUGUUUGUGCAUCUGGCAAUAAACAGCGUUAAGCUGUACUGUUUACAACCAAAGAUUGCUCUCUUCCCUCGUGUGUUAUUCUGAAGAAAACAUUUCAAAACAGUAUUACGAUGUCAAAACAUCCCCUGAUGACGACCUCAGGAUGCAACUGAAACUGAACCGAGAAAAGCAGAAUUACACCGAGAGAGACCGUGGUCAUGUAACAAAAAGCGUCCCUUAAUAAAGAGGAUGCUCCGUCCGGUUUGGGCCAAUGCAGAGGAGAGAGUAGCAGAGUGUUGGGCUCAGAUGAGGAACAUGAACAAUACUCAGCUUCAUUGGGUUAGUUUAAUACAUCCGACAAAACCAAAUCACAACUGGAAGGUUAAUUCAACAAAUGGGAUGUAGGUUACAUCACAACCGAGUGGAUGCAACAGAAGAACAUUUGUAGUCAACAGUUGAUUUGUACUUUUAUACAAACAAACUUUUUUUUCUGUCUGAGUGAGGAGACCAAAGUGGGAGGGACCUGGUUUGAUCAGAGCCAAUAGGAUUGGGUUCACCUGCAGCACAACCUUGGACUCUCCACUGGUUGCAAUGGUUUGAUUUGUAAGGUGACUUCCUUUUCUUUUUGUGCUUUCGAUUGCAGAACAUAGGUGGUGAAGUAAUUUCUUAAGUUAAAAUGACACAACUGCAGAUUUUUUGCUUGUCAAACUUGUGGGAAUAUUUUUAGAAUUCUUAAACAGAUUUAAAGUGUCUUAUUUUGUAACAUUAAAUCGCUGUAUUAAGCUCUUAUGUGUUGCACUCACUUGUUUCAAGCUAUUUUACGUAACGUUUGACACUGAAUGUGGACUUUAUUUUGGGGGAUACAUAUUGUCUCAGUAAACUACUUGUGGCUUGGUCAAUACUGAAAUGCUAAAAACACUUGUUGGCUUGAUUAUCUCUUUUGAAAAUGAUUUAAAAUGAUUUACAUUUUGGGUUUUUAAUUCACAAUAUUGAAAUGCUUCAUCCCCAAUCCUUGCUGAGCGUGCACACCACAUAACGUUAGCUACUUGUAACUUUAGCAAUGUGCUAGUUAGCACUCACAGCUAACUCAAGUGUGUUCGAGCUAAUGCAUAGCAACAAGCUAUUUAGCUUUACUGUUAUGGCAGUAUUUGCUGUUGAAUUGUUAGGUUGACACCAUGGUAGUUUGGACUCUUCUCUGCUAAUGUUACAUGCUAGCAGCAGAGUUUCAUUUGCAUUAGUGCUGUCCAGCGAUUAAAAUGUAAUCAUGAUUAAUUGCAUUUAUGUCAUAGUUAACUCAAAAUGA